CUAUUAAUCGCAGAAGCAAGUUAAUUGUACCAUAGGCUGCACGGCGCGUACAAGCGAAAAUGUCCCUACGAUCCUUCAUACUUUUGAGCAUUUUUGCGUUUGUCCUGGCAUUCGCAGAUGAGCCAACCGAACAUCCCAAUGCUACACAUGUCGAGGAACAUGCUCCAGCGGAAGCCGGCCAAAAAGCGGAGACUUCGCCCCCACCUUUAGCUCCUAGAUACAAUGGCGCUGGUGCCGACUCAGGUGAGCCAUCUGGGGGUGAGCCGAUACCCCAUGAUCCAGUGACAGAAGGCGGCGCGUCAUCCUCAAGCCUAAGCAACUUUUUCAUCUUGGUCACCUGUAACUUGCUCGUCACCUUCUUGGUGAAACAUUUUGCUUGAGUGCGUUAUCGACUGUAGAAGUUAGUGUAGCGGAAUUCUUUAAUAAUUAAUAUAUGAUUCUGUUCUAA